AUGGCGACAGAUGCUGAGCGCCCGACAGACGGCGAUGCGCCCCGGCAGCCAACCCCUGCGCCGGCGCCGGCGCCAGCCCCGGGGCUUACAUUCCUCAUAACGACGAACCCGCGCGAGCCCAAGUCGGCGGCUACCAAGAAGCGCGUGCGGCAAGCGGCGGCGCUCAAGUCGUGGCGAGAUAUCAAGAGCGAAAGUGCCAGCGCAGGGCCGGCACCGAAACGUGCAAAGACGGGAUCAGAAAAGGGUAAGGUGUCAACGGCACGAGGCAGGGACUCGAGACCCGAGGCAGUCACCUGGGAGGGCGUUCCUGCCGUCCACGUCCCCGACCACCAAUCGCCCGUGUCCCAGCAACAUCAUCGCCCAGACUCGAUCCUCCUGCCGGCCCGUCCCACCAACUUCGUCGUCGCCACCCCGGCCUCCGCUUCUUCCUCGAGCUCGACGCACACUUUGUCGUCCUUGUCCUCCGCCAGCCUCUCCCCAUCCGUCCCUACUCAGAGCCAUGAGACCCGCCACGACGCCCAAUUGGACGCGCUUGCCCCGUCCGCUCGCGGCAGCCUGCAGGUGCCCUCGUCGAUAGCGUCGAGAAGACGGCGCGCUCAGGCAUCUGCUGCACUUCUCUCCACUUCCUCCAAGAUUUCCCCUGUGACUCCACCAGCGGUCGGUUUCCCGGCCACACCCUGUAGCGAGGAUGGCAGAAUGCGAGAGUCAUAUCGGCACACUAUUGGUUGGCCUCCUUAUGGUGCUGGGCAGCUCAUCACAAGCCCCAGACUCCCUUCCAUUGACGACAUAGUCCGGCAUCAACAAGGCGUCUCCCAGCCCAAUGGCUCCAUGGCUCACGGUCCGCCUGCUCGCAAAGGCCACUCGGAGCCUAGCACGCCCUCGUCUCCAUGCCGGACCUACUGCAACGACCUAGAUCCUUUCAACUGCUGCCCUGUCAAGCACAAGUCGUGGUUUGAUGGUGUACUGCAUCAUAUGCUCACCGUCUUCGCGCCACGAGCCUGGCCUACACUAAAGAUCACAAACGAGCAAGGACUACAGUGGGAGCACUUUAUGACACAGCACGCCCUGGCCGAGCCUGCCCUGUAUUAUGUACGACUCCUGUUCGCCACAGGCGACAUGGUUGUCCUCAACAUCACAAAACCGCAAUUCAGACUGUGGCUCCAGGCUCGGGCGCUUGAAACCAUCAACGAAGCCCUGGCAGACCCCGCCCGUGCCACCUCGGACGGCUUGAUCCUAGCUAUCGGCCGGAUCGCCCUAAACGAGAGCCUGUACGGAGACAAGGUCGCGGCACACACCCUGCAUAGACCGGCUCAGCAGAGAAUGAUUGCCAUGCGUGGUGGCAUGAAUGCGUUGGACUUCCCCCCACUGGUCAAACGCCUGAUGAGAUGGUCGGACAAAGUCAUGUCGAUGCAAGGCGGCACACCACGAAUGAUUCCUGACGACGUGGAGCCCCAUUAUACAGAUGCUACAAGUGUGGACGUGCUCGAGAAGUGGGCUCCUACCGAAGGCAUGGCACUUCGGAAAAAAGUGCAGUUGCAAGCUGCUCCUUGA